CGGUAACGGGGUUAGACGGAAAGUCCCGCCUCUGCGUCUCCAGUGGUCGGUGGUGUCGCCCUUUUCCGGAGAGACGGGAUGGAAGACCAGGACCCCGCUCCGUGAGACUGACCCGGACCACUAAAGUGGGACGCGGUUCUCGAAACAAACUGUCAAGGUGCAGUUGCAUUGUGGAGGCCUGAAGUCCAAGACCAAGGUGCUGUUCGUGUUGGUUUCUGAAAAUGCAAGAACCUCCAAAGAACAUUGAAGAAUUCUUAAAGCUUCAGAACUUGGAUCAUUGGCCAAAGGAAAUCCAUUUUGGGGAUAAUGAUAAAUUGUUAUGUACUCUGAAGAAAAUAAAAGAAGAUAGUUCAUUUACUUCAAUUUAUACACAUCUGUGGGGAAAUGUUCCGCGAGUACAUGAUGCAGCCAUGGCCAUGGAGUCAAGAUUAGCAGAGUGUUCAAUUCUUCUGAAAAACCAUGUCUCUGAAAUAUUUGAGUGGAACAGAAUAAUUUCCAGGACAAGUUCUCAUGGAAAAUUGGAACAAUAUAAGGCAUUUCUAAGGAAUUACCGUAAGGAAAAGAAGAUAAUGCUUUCAGAUGACAUGGAGACAAAGAAGGAUAUAGAGGGUUGCAACUUCCCAGGAUUCAGAACAAAUGAGCUUACUCAACUACCCAGACAUUUGAAUGCUGAACGAAUUUAUCUUUUUAUUUUAAAAGCCCAUAACUUUGAGGGAAAAACUUUUAAAAUCUGGAAGACUCAUUUUCUCUCAGAAGCCUCUGUUGCUCUUUUGCAUGAUUCCUUUUGGUGGUGGUUUCUCCAUAAAUUUAAGCCUGACAGAGAAAGUCAAGAUUCCUUGUUCGAUAGAAUUUCAGAAAGUUAUGUGUCACUUUUCAUGAGCAUACCUCUAAGUCGAAAGGAUGCAUUCUUUCAGGUGUAUCCUGAUUGUUUGGCACAAGCUAUCUAUGCAACAUUCCAGGAAGCAUUUCCAGAAUCCAGUGAUUUCUUUAAUGAUGAAUUUAAAGAAGAUCUAGGGAAUAACAUUUUUCUCUGGUUGUCAGGUUUAAAACCUAAAAAAGACUUUUGGACCCACUGGAAGCUGAACGAACUCUCCACAACAACCAUUCAUGGUAGCAAGAAAACACCUUCAGAAUCUAUAAAGGACAGGAUUGCAAGAAGUCAAGAAUGCAUAUCAACUUAUAUAGACUUCAAUAUGACAAAAAUUUUAAAGAACCCAGAAGGAUAUACAUUGCCCGCAUCCAAGGAAGAAUCAAGAUUAUCAGGACUACCAACAAAGCACUUUGACUAUGACGCAUCUAGAUGUGAAUUUAUCCUGCUUGGAGUUAAGCUUCUUGGAUGUGUUUUUCGUAAAACUUGGAAAGUUUCAGUCAUUAUUUCUUCAUAUUUUUUCCUGCCCCUUUUUCUGGGGCUCUGCUCAUUCUUUUCUCUUUCUGUUCUUCAGAUAGAAUGAUCUCUAUUGGCCUGUCUUCAUGCUAAAAGACUAGCAGAGCCUUACUGCACAUACUCAUAGUCUCAUACUUUAGUAAAUUAAUUAAGAUGCCUUGCAGAAUUUCCCUUUAUUUGUUUUAAUAUACCAGAUAAUAAUUGUAUUUAUGGUUAUAAUGCAGUUAUAUUUUAUUUACAGUUCUUUAAAAUACACAAAAGUAAUAAUUGAUUCGUUUUUUUUUUUCCUACCCCUUACAGUCCCAUUAUAGCAGUAGUGGCCCAGAGUUUAACCGUGUUCUCUUCAAUUUUGGAGGUCAGAGUCCACUGAUUUUAUAUUAUCUUAAGAUGCAUGAGCUAGCUGGUAUUUCCAAAGCCCCUAGACAAGUCAAGAUUAAACUCACUGAAAUAGUGAAAGAACCAUAUCCUUUUUUAAGCUUUGCUUUAAUAUGAUGUUUCCAAAAUAUUCAAAACUUUUAACUUCUUUUAAUGUCUCAGUUAAGAAAAAAAUUUUAAUGCAUUUUGUAACUAAUGCUUUACUUAGCAUUUAAUUACAUUCAAAACUUUUCAUAGCAUGUUUGGCUAAAAGUAUUUUCUCUUUUAGUUCUAAGUCUGUGAUUUUACAUGUAAGAAAAAUAAAACAAACAUAAAACCCAGGAACGUAAAAAACCAGUAUAUUUAGCUCUUUAGUAAAAGACUAUUUUUACAACUUUACUGUUCGGUGUUCAGUUUCAAACAUUUGUCAGAACUGUGGGUCAUGGACUUCUAAGUUUCUCCAGAAGAAAGUUUCAAAUGUGCCUUAGCUAUGUAAUACUUUGUUCUAAUGAAAAUUUAUUAGAAAGCUUAAUGUAUAA